UCUUCCAAUUUUUAUAUCGAUGGAAGUCAUUGAUGGAAAGAAGAGAAGCCAUUCUCUUCUCAAUUCCCUCUGCUGCUUUGGCUUCACAGCCUCGCCGUCCAAGUCGCAUAAGUUUAGGCCAAAAAGUGAUCAGACCAUGCCAGAGAACUCCACCGUCACCGCGGCUGCAGUCGCUGACAUCCGGCAUAAGGAGAAGGUAUUCAAGCCUGUGAAGAGAAGUUUCCUCUGUUGGUUCCUCAAGCAUGAAAAGAAAAAUCAAAGCGAAAUCUCGAUCAACCGGAGCCGUUACCGUCUUCGACCAGCACCCGUAGGGAGUCCAAUGAAGCCUCAGGUUCGGAAUUCGCAGGUGCACCGAGAGGCUUUCAACUACAAGACACGAGUUGAGCCCUCACAAGUUUAUCAACUUCGUCCUACUUCGCCUGGACUUUGCUCUCACUUCGACUCCGCUAUAGUUCCGCGAGCAUCUGAUUGUCAAGAAACAUGGCUGAGCCGCCAUGGGGUCCGUGGGCCACUGAUGCUCGUCGCCAUAGUGCUAGCGUUGUUGUUGGUCGUUAGUAGGAUCACCGUGAUUACGUGCGUGUGCGCUUGGCUGUAUCUCUUCCCUCGGCGUAAGGCUCCAACACAAAGGAAAAACGUCACUGAAAAAGGUAUAAGAGAAGAUGAAGAGAUCGACUUGAACUCAAAGGAGUACAAGAAGAUGGCCGCGCUCAAGGGGCUGCUGGAGCGAGACCAUGCGCACAUGUUAAUGAAAAUGCCUCUUGUUUAAUUUCUUUUCCUUUUUUUUUUUUUGCUUGUAAAUAAUUAGC